GACUCAACAAGAUACCUCGAUUACAUCAUCCUGAAUAAUUCAUUCAUUCGUUCAUCUGCUAAAAAACAAAGAUUUUAUCAUUUUAAUCCCGUACCUUAAGUAAAGCAUGUGAAAAUGUUAGGAGGUGCUUCAGGUUCAGAAACCAAUAUUCAUGAAGUUUUCAAACCUACAGCUGGUGCUCAAAGGAAGAAGAGCAAAAGCAAGAACAUAAUUAAUAACAGCAGCAGGAGGUUUAGUGAUGAGCAGAUAAAAUCACUGGAGUCUCUGUUCAAGAUGGAGAACAAGCUGGAACCAAGAAAGAAGCUAGAGAUGGCUAGAGAACUGGGGCUGCACCCACGUCAGGUGGCUAUAUGGUUUCAAAACAGAAGGGCUCGUUGGAAGUCAAAGCAAGUAGAGCAAGACUACACAUCUCUCAAGGCUGAUUAUGAUACUUUAUCUCAUCGGUUCGAGUCUUUAAAGAAAGAAAAACAUGCGUUGCUGGAACAGUUAAGAGACCUAUGCAGUCGGUUAAAAGAGCCUCAUCAAGGAAGCAGCAGCAAAGAUUUGGACAGUGGGUCUGAAAAUGGAGAUACAAAUUUGGAGUUGAAUGGUAAUUACUCAAGCGGUUUUAGCGGAGCAUUGGACAUGGCGAUAUACUCAGACGAAGAUGAUCCUCGCAGAAAACCCAAUAUGAUGAUCAGUAGCCGGAAAGAAGAAUCAGAAAACGUAAACGUAAAUCAAUUGAUCUCACGUGAAUAUGAUGAUGAUGAUGAUGAUGAUGAAAAAGCUAGCAACUAUGAUCUGGGUAGCCUUUUCGAUCAGUCAUGUUCCAACUGGUGGGACGUUUGGUCAUCAAAUUCAUAAUAACCACCGCCGGCCACCUGCUGCUGCUAAAUAACUUGUUUAACUAGUUUUCUAUGGUUUGGAGAUUGGAGUAGUAGCUAGGUGCUAAUUAAUAAAUAUUAGCUAGGUUUGAAUCAAGUGUGAUUAAUUAUUAAUACAUACUAGGAUCUAGGUUGAAUGUACUCUUAAAUUAGAUUGCAACUUACUUACUAGUAUAGUACUACUGAUGGAAUACUGCCAUGUCAUGGGAAUGGCAAGUGGCAAGUGGUUGUUAAUUAUGUGCCUGGGGAGGCUGUUUAAUUUGUUUGCUGUCUAUACUGUAUAGGAUGCCGAACUUGGUUUUUUUUUUA